GUACGGCGCUUCCUCUGAAAACAACCACACCUUCCUUGCGAUGAGCAUUUGAGCGAUCGUCACUCAUUUUCCCAACUCCUCACGCUCGCACUGGAGCCGGCCUCCUACGGACCUCAACGUCGCAAAGCACUCCUCGUCGACCGAAGGCAGACAACAUGGCGCCAGCAGCGGAGAAGAGCUCUUUGAAGCGCGCGAGGGGCUCGACCGCCGAUGACACCGAGAACAAGAAGCCUAGGAGAUCAAACCGCUUUUCGAAUGUCGGCGAUGACAAAGUUGAGGCGCUGAAGAACAGCCAACUACCUUCACCGGUCACUGGCAAAGACAGCACGAAUGGUACUCACGAUGGCAAGGACAAGACCGCGUCUCCAGAGACUGAGAAGCCAGAGGCGGAAGAGGCGCGACAUCCAACACCGAUUUCGAGUCCACCUCCGUCUUCACUACGCAAUCCUGGCCUCUCCUCGCCUCCUGCCGACACCCAGCCGUAUUCACAAUUCCUGCCACCUCCGCCCGUGUCGUACGAAGUAGAGAACGAGGAGGAAGAGGGUGUCUGGGGAUAUCUUGUGCCAACAGAGGGGGCCAGCAACGCUCUCGUCCUGCGAAAGAGAGCGGCUUGUCCGGUCACACUCAACAAUGGCUCCAACGGCCAGCAGAACGGGAACCUGCGUGUUGGAAAGAAGGACUACAAGAAGCAAGAGGAGAAAUACGAGAUUGCAAAGGACCUACAUGGAACGCCUGCAGGUGGCUAUCUGGUUGGUCGACAUCCAGAGUGUGACCGCCAGAUUCACUCGCCGACGGUCAGCAAUCGGCAUUGUCUCAUCUUUGCGGAGAACAAGAAUGGUGACUCGAUCGCUAUGCUCGAAGAUCUGAGUGGCAAUGGCACAUACGUCAACGAUGCCAUUCUAGGUCGUAACAAGAGACGGGAGCUCGAGGAUGGUGACGAGAUCUCGAUUGUGGACGAAGCUCGCUUCAUCUUCAGAUAUCCGCGAAAGCGAGACACAAAUGGCUUUCGUCAACAGUACAGCAUACACGGACAACUCGGCAAAGGGCACUUCGCGACUGUGUAUUUGGCGCUGGAGAAGAGCACUGGAAUCCGGUAUGCUGUCAAGAAGUUUGAAAAGCGAAGCGGUCCGGGUGAGCGAAGCAAGGUCGACGGUCUACAGCAGGAGAUCGCAGUGCUCAUGGGAGUCAGCCAUCCCAAUAUGCUUUGCCUCAAGGAUACGUUUGACGAGUCUGACGGCGUCUACUUGGUACUGGAGCUAGCGCCUGAAGGCGAGCUCUUCAAUUGGAUUGUCAUGAAGCAGAAGCUGUCGGAGACGGAGACACGGAAGAUCUUCGUCCAGCUGUUUCAAGGAUUGAAGUAUCUGCACGAGCGCAACAUCGUCCAUCGCGACAUCAAGCCGGAGAACAUCCUGCUCCUUGACAAGGAGCUCAACGUCAAGGUGGCAGAUUUCGGCCUGGCCAAGAUCAUUGGCGAGGAGUCAUUCACAACCACACUUUGCGGCACGCCCUCAUACGUCGCUCCCGAGAUCCUCGAACAAACCAACCGGAGACGGUACACACGAGCAGUAGAUGUCUGGAGUCUUGGUGUGGUCCUCUACAUCUGCCUGUGUGGCUUUCCGCCAUUCUCCGACGAGCUCUACUCUGCAGAAAACCCCUACACUCUCAGUCAGCAGAUCAAGAUGGGUCGCUUCGACUACCCAUCGCCAUACUGGGACUCAGUAGGCGAUCCAGCUUUGGACCUCAUCGACCGCAUGCUCACAGUUGAUGUCGAAAAGCGCAUCACCAUUGACGAAUGUCUGGAACACCCUUGGGUAACGCAGCGAAACGUCAGCCUUACGGAUAGUACCGAUGGCUUGACAGGCGCUCUCGCCGGGCUAGACUUCACACGCCGCAAGAUUCAGCGAGAGCGCACAUUGCUGUCCAGCAUCAAUGAGGUGAAGGUCGAGCGUGUAAUCGGUCAGCCGGACGGUCCUCCGGUCAAAGUCUGGGACAAGAACAGCGGUCCUAGAUUCCACACUCAGCGUCCUGCGAGCCAGCAGCAGACCAAGAACCCGAAGGAGUUCAUUGAGAUGGGUGGUCGAGGUGAUCAGACGCUGUUCGACGAUACGCAAGGCAGUCGGUAUCCAGGUGACACAAUUCAGCAGGAAACGAUCGCCGGUGGCCAAUAG